AUGGCGAAAAAGAAGAGCAAUAAGAAGAAGAGCAAUAACGCCAAAGGAAGGGCCCCGAUAAGCGACAAUAAUCCAGAGGUUUCCAAUCCCACGGCCGACCCGGCGGAAUCCGAGGAAAAUGGGGUCCCCGAUCCAGACAACAAAACGGACUCUCCCGAAGCUGAGAAGGAACAGGCCCCGGAAGGCACUCAGAAAGAUGAAUCAAGUAGUUCUACAGACGAUGCCCCAUCAACAGAAGCAACAGCCGAAUCGGGUGCAACAACACCCCCCGAUGCGGUAGAAGAGCCCAAAGCUGAGGGCGCAGAACCCUCUGAGGCAGACAAGCCGGCAGACUCUACUCCAGAAUCUGGUGAAGAAAAGCCAGAAACGGAUUCAACAGAGGAAGCAGCGCCAGCUGCAGCCGAAACGAGCGAACAGGCAGAUCCAACCGAGACGCCAGCCGGGGGGUCUGCUAAAGAAGAGGCCCCCGCUGAACCAGCCGACGAAGAGGCGCCUGCUGAAGAGAGCCCGGCGCCAGAACCUAGUGAAGAGAAGCCAGCCGGCGCUCCAGCGGAAGAGACCGAAAAGUCUGCUGCCGAAACGAGCGAACCAGAAGCCUCUCCUACAGAUUCUACGCCAGAAACGGAGACAACCACAGCACCGGCGGAAGAAGCAGCAGCAGAACCCGCCGCUGAAGCAGCACCAGCAGACACGCUUGCAGCAGAGCCAGUCGACCAGGAUCCUCCAACAACAUCCGGUGAGGAGGAAAAGGCUGCGCCAGAAGCGGCAGAGGAAACACCGGCGCCUGCAGUAGAAGCAAUCGAGGAGCCUGCGGUAGAGGCGGCCGAACCAGAGCAGAAAACAGAAGAACCGCCAACGGUAGAAGAACCUGCCCCCGAGCCGCCAGCAGCAGAAGAAGAAGAAGCCAAGCCUGGUAAUUCAAAGAAAAAGAAGAAAGAUAAGAAGAAGAAGAAGGGCCAACAAGCGGCUGCCGCUGUCGCUGAUGAGGAGCCUGCUCCUGCAAAAGAAGAUACUCCAGUAGAGCCCCCAGGAGCUCCCGCCGAAGAGCCUGCGCCUGAGGAACCUGCGCCGGCAAAGGAGGAAGAUACUCCAGCAGAGCCUCCAGCAGCUCCUGUCGAGGAACCUGCUGCCGAAGAACCUGCGCCUGAAGAACCUGCGCCUGAAGAACCUGCGCCUGAAGAACCUGCGCCUGAAGAACCUGCGCCUGAAGACCCUGCGCCUGAGGAACCUGCGCCUGAAGAACCUGCGCCUGAGGAACCUGCGCCUGAGGAGCCUGUGCCUGAGGAGCCUGUGUCUGAGGAGCCUGUGCCUGCAAAGGAGGAAGAUACUCCAGCAGAGCCUCCAGCAGCCCCUGCCGAAGAUCCUGUUCCUGAAGAGUCUGCGCCUGAGGCGCCAGCCACGGUCGAAGAAACGAAGCCAGCCGAGGAACCGAGCGAGGACAAGGCCGUUGAACAACCGGCUGAGUCUCCCGAAGAGCCAGCCCCUGCGGCGGAGCCCAGCGAAGAGGUGGCCAAGCCUGCAAAUUCGAAGAAGAAGAAGAAAGAUAAGAAGAAGAAGAAGGGUCAACAGGCUGCCGCUGAGGAGCCCACCCCUGAGCCACCAGCUCCGGCUGAAGAACCGAAGCCAGCUGAGGCGCUGAGCGAGGAGAAGGCCGUCGAACCGCCGGCUGAGGCUCCCGAGGAGCCCACUGAACAAGAAACACCGGUAGCAGAGCCAGUCGAGGAGGCAGCUGCUCCAGAGCCUGUUGCAGAAGAGCCGGCCGCAGUAGAAGCUGAGGCUCCCGCCGACGCACCAAGUGAAGAACCUGCACCGUCCACAGACCCGGUCGAUGAGGAGGCUAAGGCUGAGCCUGAAACCGCUGCUGCUCCAGAACCUAGUGAGGCAGCUGAAGAAUCAAAGCCUGAGGAGACAGUGGAACAAUCUGCGCCAGAGGCUCCCAAGGCUGAGGACGCAGUGGCGGAACUUGCAGAGCAACCAACCGAAGAACCGGUUCGGGAACCGAUCGAGGAAGGGCAACCUGCCGCAGCAACGGAAGAAGCGCCAGCAGUCGAAUCUGCCCCUGAGGCAGUAGAUGAAUCGCCAACAGAGCAUCCAGAGACAGAACCCGCCGACAAAACUAAAGACGACUUCCCCGAGUGUGAUCCUGAAGCAGCGUUUGAUAAGGUCGAGGCAGAGAAGGAAGCAGCUGCGCAGCAAGCACAAAAGGACGCCGAACUCGAAGCAGAAGAGGCCUCCCGGAAAGCCGAUGCGCUGAUUGAUUUUGACGAUGCCCCGGAGUCACCUAUUGAAGAACAGGCCGAAGAACCUGCAGCAGCCCCCGACGCGGAACCAGAGCCAGUCGAGACUGCGCCGGCAGAGCCUGAGGUGCCUAAAGAGCCGGCCGCUGAAGCUGCACCGGUCGAGGAAGUGGCAGCCGAACCCGUUGAAGAAACAGCGAGGAAUAUUGAGCCCGUCGAAACCGAAGCUCCGGUCGAAGAAGCGGAACCUGAGGCCGCUCCCGAAGUAGCCCCAGAGCCAGCCGUCGCGGAGGAGUCUCCGGAGGAAGCUCAAAAGGGCGUUCCGGUAACGGAGGAGCCUGUAGCAGAGUCUGCACCAGAAGAGCUUGCGGCAGCAGAACCAGCACCGGAAGAAGCUCCAGCAGUAGAGCCCGAAGCCCCGGCAGCGCCUAGUGAAAUUGUUGAGGAGCCUCCUGUUACUGAGGAGACACCUGAACCUGCAGUGGAGGAGCCGACGCCCGCAGAAGAGACCCCCGAGCCGGCUGCACCUGUUGAAGCGACACCAGCGACAGAGGCUCCCAAGGAAGAACCAGCUGAGGAGCCAGCUCCUGCUGAGCCCGUAGUGGUUGAAGAAACAGAGCCGGAACCCGAGGCUACCAGAGAGGUGCCGGACGAGGGCCCUGCAGAAGAUCCACUAGCUGUAGCUCCUGUUGAGGAGCCUCCAGUUGAAGAACCACUGGUCGUGGAAGAACCUGCCGCAGCGCCUGCGGUUGUUGAAGCUCCAGCUGAAGAGCCAGUCGCUGAACCAGCUCCGGUGGUUGAAGAGACUGCUCCACCAGUUCCGCCAGUAGCAGUUGAGGACUUCCUUGUUGAAGAUGGACCUAGGGAUAUAGACGUUUCGGAGAUUCCAGCCAACUAUCCGGCCCCCGUUCCAGCUGACAUCGUUGAGGCGGUGCCUAAAGCACCAGCUGACGAGCCCACUGCGGAGCCUGUCAGCGAACGUGGACGAGGUCUCGAAGAGACCUAUGCCUUUGAUCGGGAGCUGUCGCCCAGGACACCAUUGGUUCCCGACACUUCGGCCGAAGUUGGUGGGGGUGCAACGCCGGGAGACCGGUUUGCUCUUGCUGCUGGAGAAAUCCAUGAGCGUUCAAGGCGAAGAAGAAGAAGAUCGCACGUACCUGACCCUCGCGAUGACCGCGAUGACCGACGACCUUCAAAGAGCUCUUCAGAAGGGCGUUCCCGACAUGCGCCGACGGUGGCUGCUGGCCCGGCUCCACCUCCACCUCCACAGAGGAUUGGCAGUAACAAGCUGAGCCAGAGAUGGUUAGUGGCCCUGGAAGAAUCGAGGAGGCAGUAUGAGGAGAAAUCGAGAAGGGAGUUGAAGCGACUCCAACGGAUUGAUGCGGAGCGAGAAAGAGGCGAACGAUCGAAGCGAAUUGAGCGAUCUAGUAGCACUCGAGAGCAGGAAUCCGAACCCAGGAAGUCCAGCCAAAGAAGCUCCGGCAGCCGUGAUGGUGAUCGUACGACCGCGGGCUCUUCCUCAAGACACUCGCAGUCGACUGUUCCUAGGCCCCGAACCUUCUUGAAAUACAACCCCUCCGAUGAGGAGGUGUCGAGCAACAACCCCCUUCCCAAAGUCAACGCCACCAAGGCAAUGGCCAACGUUGUCGACCAGCCGCGUAGGCGUUCGUCCACUAGUCAUUCCCACGGCAGCCAUUCCCACGGUAAUCGUCCUUCGACUGAAGGAAGAGGCUCCAUUGAGCGGCCUAGUGGUUCCCGUCGCAGGGAGGAAGACCCUGCCCGGGCGGAAGCACGAAAGGUUCGAAGACAGUCUGAGGCAGUUGUCGAAGCUCCAGAACAGAUUGAGCAUCAGGAAGAAGCCCCCAGAUCUACUAGAGGCGACACUGAGCCCGAGCGUCGACGUCGUCACCGUCGCAGACGUGAACCAACUCCGCCACCACCCAGCGCAGCUACCAGGCUCAAGGGCAUGAUUAAGGCAGCUAUCACUGCACACUGA